UCGUCUGUAAAACUAAUGUAUGGUGCUACUUCUACAGGUUGCCACUAGCUAAAUCAAAACAAACCGAUCGAUCCACCUCACAACGAAGUUCGUCGUGGACAUGGAGCGAAAAACAAUUCAGGCCGAAAGGCCAAAACUGAGUCACCCCUCGUUGUCCUUCAGUCUUCGGUGCCCGAGCCUCAACAGCCUUCGCCUCCGACGCAUAUUCGAUAUAUUCGACGAGAACAGCGACGGCACAAUCACUGUCCAUGAGCUCUGCCAAGCUCUCGACCUUCUCGGCCUGGAGACUAACCCCUCUGAGCUAGACUCCAUCGUGCAUGGCUUCAUAAAGCCAGGCAAUAUAGGGCUGGAAUACGACGACUUCGAAGCGUUGCACCAGUCGUUGGGGCCCUUGGGGGAAACGUAUCACCGGGUUGACCAACCAGAGGACCAAAGGGCGUGUGUCGCGGAUCCGUUGUCCCAGGAGGAGUCGGACUUGACAGAGGCAUUUAAGGUGUUUGACGAGGACGGAGAUGGGUUUAUAUCGGCGAGGGAGUUGCAGGUGGUGCUGGGGAAGUUGGGAUUGCCGGAGGGGAGGGAGAUCAGUAGAGUUGAGCAGAUGAUCUCUUCUGUUGAUCGAAAUCAUGAUGGACGUGUUGACUUUUAUGAGUUCAAGGCUAUGAUGCAAAAUGUCUUGCUCCGCAGCUCUUGAUUUCUUCCUUCAAUUACCCCCUUUUUUUUCAGAAAUCUCUCUCU